CAGGGCUGCGGCUGCUUUCAUCCGCUUCUGGGAAACUUCUUUAGCCCAGCUGAAAACUGCGCACAGCAUCGGCAAUGACCGGACUCUUCGCCGACAGUGAGGUCACCUGUGCCAACGGCUCCCGGCAUGAGCUUGAGCGUCUAAUCUGGCGCUUAACCGUUGUGGCUGUGUUAGCGUCUCAAGGCUCGGAGGGCUUCGAACUCCGAGAUUUCGACAAAUACGACGUGAUCAACGCGACCCUGCCCCACGCGACCGUACGUCUGCUGAUGUCGGACGAGAGUCGCUUCUUCGUGCAGAUAGUCUUGUCCAAAGAAGAGCUAGGCGGUGAGAUCAAAUUCACCUACCUCGAAACCAUCAAGGGUCAGAGCAUACCUCCGCUCGUGCUAAGAAAGUGA